AUGUCUUCUGAAGAUCUGUUCGAGCUUUACAAUGUACCUGUUGUACCUUCGAGCAAGAAGGAUAGCACGCGACACCGUGGAGAGAGCAGCAAGGCUCCUCCAAUGAAAAAGGCUCGAACUGGGGAUCCUCCAACAACGGUUCCAUCUCAGGAAACCACACCACCUCAGGGCCCCCUUGACCAGACAUCUACUCCAGCUCCAACCGAUCAGACUUCUCCUCUAGCACCCAAUCAGACACCUCCUCAGGCACCAACUAGCCAGACGCCUCCUGCCCAAAUAGUGAUGAGCAUCAUGUUUAGUUCAGCCAAGGAAAGGUUGUCUAAACUAUCGAGGCAUCUCCGCAGCCAAGAGGCUAUCACUAGUACUGAUUCUAUGGAAGUCAACCAUAUCAUUAAUCACGCGCUGAAUGAAAUAGCCAGUGGAAUGCUAACUAUGAUUGUCAAUUGGCGCCGCUCGGGAGCUUUGAUAACUCAACUCAAAACGUCUGAGGCUAAACAUGCUGAGGAGCUUAAGAAGGUUGAAGCCAAACAUAACGAGCAGCUUGAAGCAACCAAGGCCAAACAUGCUGAGCAGCUGAAAGCAGUUGAGAAGACUAAUGCUGAGCUGCUCGAUCAGAAGAACAAGCUGGAAGCCAAACAGCUUGAGGCUGAGCUGGUCGCAAGCAGGAAGGACACUGAAGAGAUGGAGAGGCGAAUCAAAGAGCUCGAGGAGACUAAUGCCAGUAAUUUGGAGAGGUACAAGGGUGCCACCUUCAACUGCUUUUAUGAGUUUUGGAAGCACAACCACGGGGCUGAUCUUAGCUAUCUUUCCGAGUGCCUAAGGCGAUCUCAAAUAGCCUGGUACCUUGCUCGCUUAGAGAAAGAGGAAAGAGCAAAAAUCCCAGCCUCCCCUGAAAUCUCUUUGGCUAUGGGCAUUGAAGGCACGGAAGUUGAAGCUGGGGCCUCUGGUCUUCUUACUGUGAAAAAUAGUUGGCAUCGUGCCAAGGAGGUCGACUCAAAACAUGAUAAGGAGAUAAAGGCAUGGGAGGCCAAGGUUAAGGCAGUUGAAGACAAAGUUGUUAUUUUAACCGAGGAGUUGAAGAAGAGCCAAGAAGAUCUGGCUAUGGCUAUUGCGGGUAAGGACAAAUUCAAGGAAGCCUCCGAGACCAACUUGAAGGAGGCAACCAAGCUGCAAGAAGAUUUGGAGAAGAACAAUCAAGAUGUGAAUUUUGAUUACCUUCUUGAUCAGGUAAAACAAGCUGAACUUGCCAAGUGCGCUACUCGCCUGGAAGAGGAGAAAAGUGCCCCAGAAUCUUCUGAAAUUUCCUUGGCGAUGGAAGUCAAUGGUGCUGAGGAGGAAGCCGAAACCUACGUCGAUCAACAACCUCAACAAGACCCUCCUUCAGCUACACAUUAA